GUGUCAAGUAGUGACGUUAUGCGUACACAGGUCCUGUAGCCGUGGCAGCGGCUGAGGCUGGCGGGCCAGGUACCGCUGCCGCGGAUCGAGAGAGAAGCUCUCUGCCAACCUCAGCCUGGGCUGCCGCGCGCCGCCGCCGCCGCCGCAGGGUCGGAAGCUAAACUGUGCUCCUCCAGGGCGGGUACCAUGUUGCACUCAUCUUUGUACCCCCAGCAUCUAGCGAUGUUGGCAUGUAGUAGGCACUCAAGAAAUAUGUGUUGAAUGAACGAUGCCUGUGACAAGCAACUGGACUUUAUUCUUUCCUGACCCUUGAUCCUAUGACACAUCUCCUCCCGGCUGCUAUCACUCCUUCAGAGCAGAUCUUCUCUAGAGAACCUGGAAGGGAAACAGCGAUGGCCAAGGACAUCCUGGGUGAAGCUGGGUUGCACUUUGAUGAACUGAACAAGCUGCGGGUGUUGGACCCAGAGGUCAGCCAGCAGACCACAGAGCUCAAGGAAGAGUGCAAGGACUUCGUGGACAAAAUUGGCCAAUUUCAGAAAAUAGUUGGUGGUUUACUUGAGCUUGUUGACCAACUUGCAAAAGAAGCAGAAAAUGAGAAGAUGAAGGCCAUUGGUGCUCGCAAUUUGCUCAAAUCUAUAGCAAAGCAGAGAGAAGCCCAACAGCAGCAACUCCAAGCACUAAUAGCGGAAAAGAAAAUGCAGCUCGAAAGGUAUCGGGUUGAAUAUGAAGCUUUGUGUAAAGUAGAAGCAGAACAAAAUGAAUUUAUUGACCAAUUUAUUUUUCAGAAAUGAACUGAAAAUUUCAUUGUAUAGCAGGAGGGUAGAAAAACAAAAAAACCUCUGUACCAUUCCAGUGACUUUGACUAAUGACCCAAGUAUAUCAUGUGAGAUGGUGUGUGAAGGAUGCAUCGUCUCUGAAGGCAAUAAAACAAAUCUGGGGCGGAGGGCUUGUUUCAGAUGCCAGUGCAUAUCUGGUAGACACCCCGUGACCGUGGUGGCCCAGGUUCUCACCUCUUGCAUUCUUAUUCUGAAAUAAGCAGUCUGUAAACUUUGAUUGGUUUUUUUUUUUUUUUUUU